AUUAACACUGGCAUGGUGCAGGAUGGGAGGUCUGAUAUAUAGGAAAAAAUGCAGAAUCUGUGUAAGCUUCUGUGGAUCUAGACACAACACGAUGAGGGCUGUGGUAGUGUUUGCAAUAUGCCUGAUGGCCAUGGCUAUGGCCACUACUCCUGAAACUUUUGAUGAAAGGGGCAUUAUCAUCAACCUGAAUAACGGCGAGCUGUGUGCCAUCAGUCUGCAGUGUAAGAGCUCCUGUUGCCAUCGUAGAUCUGCUCUUGACCUGGCUCGCUGUGCCCCACGUGCUGCAGAGAACGAAGCAUGCUCUAAAAAGAGCCUGUAUGGUACAUAUUACUAUUGCACUUGUGAGGACGGACUUAAAUGUGAAGGUGACUGGUCCAUCGGAGGCUCCAUCGUCAACACCAACUUUGGAACCUGCGUGGAUCCUCACAACUAAUACUCUCUACACAGCACAGAAUGGAAAAACCUUAAAACCCAAAUUUCAGAUAGGCAAUGCAUUAAAUAUACAAGGAAAUAUUCAAAUGCAAAGAUAUGAGAAAUUAUUAAUUACUUUAAGGCCAAGUCAAAAAGAGUAAAUGCCACACUACAUCAGUCAAUAUAUCAGUGAAAAGCUUAGAUUUUUUUGUGGAAUUUCGGGAAAAAAGAUUAUAGUACACUUUAGUCACAUCUCAAUUUAUAACACAACAUAACAACAUAUUCAAAGUACAUUAUGUCUAAUGCCCCGUUGUAUCAAAAAUAGAAAGGUCAAGGUAAACACUGAUGUCAUUCAGAAUCUCAGACUGAAAGGGGACAUUUUUGCACAUGCUAGCAUAAACUGAUCCAUGAUGCCAUUCUGUCAUAGAAUUUGAAACCCUACAAUCAAUAAACAUAUAUCACAAAAA